ACAUUACCAAAUUCAUCCAAAUUGCAAGUAGCUCUAGAGCUACAAUGUGUUGAAUAAUUGUCUUUACUACUCUCAUUGUAAGCCAUCAUUAUUCAACUUAAUAACUGCCAAGCUUCAAUUCUAAUUUGUAGCAUACACCAAGCUAACAUACAUAUACUUGUAUUUUACUCAAAGCACAAACUGCAUCAUGGAUAUUUUAUAUGCAAAACAAACUGUGAUGCUGAAGGAGGCUAAGCAUGUAAUGAAGAAACUUAUUAGCGAGGAUCCAAUGGAGAGUUUGUACAUGGUUGACUUAAUCCAAAGGCUUGGCAUUGAACACCACUUUCAAGAGGACAUUGAAGCUGCACUUGAGAAGCAACAUUUCAUAGUGAGCACAGAUCCCAUUGAUUUUUUCCAAAGCCAUCAACUUGACAAUGUUGCACUCUCAUUCCGUUUACUCAGACAAGGAGGUUAUUCCCUUAAUGCAGAUAUAUUUGAGAGGUUGAAAAAGAACAAAGUGCAGUUGAGAGAAGCAUAUGGUGAAGAUGUGAAGAGUCUCGUAGCGAUACAUGAAGCAGCGCAGCUAAGCAUUGGAGAAGAAGAUACUUCUCUUGAGGAUUCGGGGCGCCUCUGCCGCGAGCUUCUUCAUUCAUGGCUGUCAAGGCAUCAUCAUCAUCAUGAAGCUCAAUAUGUUGCAAUCUCUCUCCAGCAACCACUUCAUCACAACUUGCCUAGAUUCAUGGACAAAACCAUCUUGCUUAGGAACUUCAAACCCAACAAGGAAUCUGUGUGUUUUGUGGAACUUGCAGAAAUCAAUUCCUGCAUAGUUAGGCUCAUGAACCAGCAUGAAGCCCUUCAAGUUUCAAAAUGGUGGAAAGGGGAAGCUAUGUCGAAGGAGCCGAAAUUUGGAGGGUAUGAAGCUCUAAAAUGGUACAUGUGGUCCAUGGCGUGCUUCACAGAUCCGAGCUUUUCAGAGCAAAGGAUUGAGCUCACGAAAUGCAUCUCGCUAGUAUACCUAAUUGAUGACAUUUUCGAUGUUUAUGGCACCUUGGAUCAGCUUAUUCUAUUUACUGAUGCGGUCAAGAGAUGGGAAUUGGUGGGAACAGAGCAGCUUCCAGAAUUCAUGAAAAUUUGUCUGCGUGCUCUUUAUCAAAUUACCAACGAUUUCGCUGAAAAAGUCUACAAAAAGCAAGGAUUGAAUCCCAUAGAUACUGUUAGAAAUUCGUGGAUACGACUAUCGAAUGCGUUCUUGGAAGAGAGACGUUGGUUGAAUUCUGGUGAAUUGCCAAAGAUAGAGGAGUACCUGAAGCAUGCAGUUGUAAGCACAGGAGUGCACGUGGUGCUUGUCCAUGCAUUUUUCCUUUUCCAUCAAAAUAUAACUCACAAAUCUCUAGCAAUUUUAGAUGACUUUCCAAACAUUAUAUACUCCGUGGCCAAAAUCCUUCGUCUUAGUGAUGAUUUAGAAGGAUACAAGAACAAAAAUGAAACGGGGUUUGAUGGGUCAUACAUUGAGUGCUACAUGAGAGAACAUCAAGAGGUUUCAGCUGAAGAAGCACAAAAGCAUGUUGAGGAGCUGAUUUCGAUGGAAUGGAAACGUCUCAAUAGACAAGUAGUGUUGAGCACAGAUCACCAAUUUUCAUCUUCAUAUACCAAAUUCUGCUUGAAUGCUGCUAGAAUGGUCCCUCUAAUGUACCAUUACCGCACCAAUCCAAGCCUUUCCAACCUGCAUCAAUAUGUCAAGUCUAUUGCCAAAUGCCAAUAAUGUUGGUGUCGUCAAACAAAUCUAGUAUGUUAGGUGGUUGUUAUUGU